CCGCGUAUAAAUAGCCGGGGUGGCCUUCUGGCCGGCCGCGGUAGGACGAUGGAGGUCCCCGGCCGCGGACCCCGAGCCGAGGCUCCCUGGAAGCAGCUCUCUGCAGAGGAGUUGGAGAAUCAGUACUGCCCCAGCAGUUGGGUCAUCCGACAGGGAGCGGAAGAAACCCUGAAGAUGUACUCACACCUAGGAGACAAGGCCACCAAGAAGGCCCGGGCCACCAGGAAGAGCCUGCUGCAUGUCCCCUACGGGGAUGGCGAAGGGGAGAAACUGGACAUCUACUUUCCUGGAGAAGUGGCUGCAGAAGCCUUGCCUUUCUGUCUGUUCCUUCACGGAGGGUACUGGCAGAGUGGAAGUAAGGACAUGUCAGCCUUCAUGGUCGACCCACUGACGGCACGGGGAGUGGCCGUGGUAGUCGUGGCUUAUGACAUUGCCCCCAAAGGAACCCUGGACCAGAUGAUAGACCAGGUGACUCGGAGCGUCGUGUUUGUGCAGAAGAAAUAUCCGUGCAAUAAGGGACUUUACCUUUGUGGACACUCAGCAGGGGCCCACCUGGCUGCCAUGAUGCUCCUGGCCAACUGGACCAAGCACGGAGUCACACCCAACCUCAAAGGUUUUCACGGGACUGCAGGUUUUUUCCUGGUAAGCGGGAUCUAUGACCUGGAGCCCAUCGUGCACACCACUCAGAACGCCCCUCUCCUCCUGACCCCGGAGGACGCUCGGAGGAACAGCCCCCAGCUGCUCCUGGAGGCAGCCUUGACUCGGCCCUCGGGUCCAGCCUGCCACAUGCUGGUGACUGUGGGCCAACACGACUCCGCUGAAUUCCACCGACAGUCUAGGGAGUUUUUUCAGACGCUGCGCCGGGGAGGGUGGGAUGCCUCGUUUGAAGAAAUCCAUGACGUGGAUCACUUUGAAAUCAUUUGGAGCCUAACCCAGCAGGACUCUGCGCUCACCCAGAUGAUUUUGAGAACAAUCUUUCGGGAGCGCUAACCCCGCUGGAGUGUGGCCCCUGCCACCGAUGAUGAAGGUCCUCCACAGACCCCACACGCUUCCCCUUCCUGCCAGCAUCCCCCUCCCCAUGCCCAGGAGCACCUCCGUUUGCUCCCAACACCACUGCAAAUCUCCCUCCCUCCCGCUGGCCUGGAUGGAGGGGUUCCAGGGAAGGUCCAGCCCAGUCAACACUACGAUCCCCAAGCCAGCCGUGCCCCUGCCUGCCAAGACGGCGUGACAAAAAUGACAAUGCCCGGCAAUCAGUAGGCUUAGCUCAAGCUGAAAGUCUGCUGACCUUUUUGUAAGAGCUCAAACCAGUCUGUUCUGUCUUUUAUGGCAUUCUUUUGACCCAUCUGUCCUGUCUUGAGGCUUUCCCUAAGCUCUGGGACAUAGCCCAGGGGCUGGCCCCUUCCGUGAGGGGACAAGGACAUCCACAGCCAGGUCAAGAUUCCUCUUCGCCCCACCCAGGGGUGUGUGCAGUUCCCAAGCAGCCAGCUGUGUCCCCCCACCACCCUCCCCUCCCCAGCAACCCUCCCCCACCCUAAAGAGCUAGGACCCCCUGUGUGAUGGGGUGUCACAAAAACGGAGACUAGCCUAGAUAGUCAUCAGUCAGGGAUAAGUACAUCCAAGCCCCCAGCGGCCCAACACGAUGUAGCCAUAAGAAAGAGACAUGUUUACCGGGUAGGAAAUCCCCCCAAAAUAUUGUUACAUGACAAAACCAAGAUGCUUGCUUAAUUACAACUUAGUACCACCUCGAUGACUUUAAACAAUACACCCCCACAAAAAGACGUUUUUCUCUGUGUGCUCACGUGUGUAACGCAGAGGACAGACCCCGGGGGACCCACACCUAAACCCUCUGCUCCCCUCCAGGGAGGGAGGUGUUUUCACUAUAUUUGUAUUCUCUGACGCUGGGGCUGAGAAGGUAAUGAAUAUUUAAACGUAGUAUGUAAUCGGAGUGCUGAAAUACUCAAAAGCUUUCAGGGCGCAGGCAAGCGAGAACGACAUUAUAGACGGUAACUUGAAUCUAUCCCAGACCUGCAAAGGACACGUCUCACAGACUGUAGGACUUCCGUCUGACAUCUGCAACCAGUUCUGAGACUGAGACCCCUCGUAGCUGCUGCAGGGGAGCCCCCCAAUGGCACACCUAGGUUGGGAAUUGCCCCCUUAGGUUACACCCUGAUGAGUUAAAAUGUCUUAAAAUAAGCAAAAGACAGAACAGAAAGGAGUUCACCCCCUUGUGAUCCUAAUUUCAUUAAAAAAAAAAAAA